AUGUUCUGUGAUCUGACCCCGGAACCCAUCUCGUCUCCUCCGGUGAUUCUGUCGCCGCUUCGGAAACUCCACAGACCGGGCCUCAUUCUCGAAAACACCUCCUCGGCUCUUCCACCCGUACAUAGCUACGAUGGUUUCGACGCGGUGUGCAAUCUCACUCCAAGCCAAAUCUUGAGUAUUCAGGAGGACCAGACCGACUACAUCUGUGGUGUGCAGACCAAUGCCCACGUGUGCAGAAAUAGCUUUUAUUGCCGCCGUCACCUGCUUGAGCAAAGAAUGGAGGUGCGUCGGUCUUUGCCCUUGAAAUGUUUGAUGGAAGAAGAGCUGAAGAAUGUGGCUUGGUUCCGCAAACGCCGGGUGCUCACAAAAUUGUAUCAUGACUGCAAGUCGUACUGGCAUAAGCACCCAUCUGCUUCAACGACUCCGAUGACCUGUUCCAGAACCAGCUGCGUCCAAAACGAGUCAAAUGUGAGUUCCUCGCCGCUAUGUGCCUCCGUAUCGUCGUACAAUGCUCCGGGAACAGCCGCUCGUAUCGAGGAAAGUACAUCUUCCCUGUUGAAAAAGGCAUUUUUGAAAAGGUUGUCGCGUUCUGCUGAUCUACACAAAGACGAUAUAGUGUCGUACUUAUUUUACAAACUAGCUUGUUACGAGGAAGCUGGCAUCGACAUGAGAGCACGAGAAUUGGAAGCACGCUAUAGCGCCAGUGAAAAUGAUCUUGACAUUGAUCAGAAUGGGCAGUGA